CUUUAUUCUUUUCUAAUGACAAGUUAUUUCUUUAUCUUGUUGGUAUUGUUCACCUUUGCUCACGCUCAAAAUUUAAUCAAUAUUGAUGUGCCUAAACCCAAUGAAAUGAUUUACAACAAAGAGUUACUCAACAUGACAUUCACUGUCAUUGGAAGUCAAACAGUGAGUCCAGCCGUAAGUGACUAUUAUCCUUCUUCUUUGAUUGCAGAUUUCGUAUGGACAGAACGUGCCAAUACGGCCAAUGUCUUGUCUUUUAAUAUCGCUUCGGGACUCAACACAAGUCCAUAUCCCGGCGGAACUCAAAGCAUUCAACGCAAAGAAUCUUGGAGAGUACCUGAUUGCCAUUUCUUCUCCCGUUACUCCCCCACUGCUUAUGAUUUCUCCAUUGUGUUUACACCUGUUUAUCCUGUAGCUACAGAAACAUCACCCGCUACUGGCAUAGCUCAAGAUAAAAUUGUUAUUCCUUUAUCUAUCACUGUCGAUAAUUCCACUUUUCCCAAAUGCUAAUAAGGAUUGACCUGCAAUCCAUUGUAAAAUAAAAAACGGCUCCUGAAUAUCAUAUAGAAAGAUGACUAUUUGUCACACAAGUCC